AUGUUCCGGAAGAAAAAGAAGAAACGCCCUGAGAUCUCAGCCCCACAGAACUUCCAGCACCGCGUCCACACCUCCUUCGACCCCAAAGAAGGCAAGUUUGUGGGCCUCCCGCCACAAUGGCAGAACAUCCUGGACACCCUGCGACGGCCCAAGCCUGUGGUGGACCCUUCUCGCAUUACGCGGGUACAGCUCCAGCCCAUGAAGACUGUGGUGCGGGGCAGCUCGGUGCCCACGGAUGGCUACAUCUCAGGGCUGCUCAACGACAUCCAGAAGCUGUCGGUCAUCAGCUCCAACACCCUGCGUGGCCGCAGCCCCACCAGCCGGCGGCGGGCACAGUCCCUGGGGCUGCUGGGGGACGAGCACUGGGCCACGGACCCAGACAUGUACCUGCAGAGCCCCCAGUCUGAGCGCACUGACCCCCAUGGCCUCUACCUCAGCUGCAACGGGGACACACCAGCAGGCCGCAGGCUGAUACCGUGGCCAGAGCCAGAGAGCCCGAGGGUCCUCCCCAAUGGGCUGGCCACCAAGGCCCAGUCGUUAGGCCCUGCAGAGUUCCAGGGCGCCACGCAGCGCUGUCUGCAGCUGGGGGCCUGCCUACAGAGCUCGCCACCCGGCGCCUCGCCCCCCGCAGCCGCCAGCAGGCGCAGGACCAAGGCUGCCAGGCAUGGUUCCGAGGAGGCCCGGCCACAGUCCUGCCUGGUGGGCUCGGCCGCAGGCAGGCCAGGCGGGGAGGGCAGCCCCAGCCCCAAGACCCAGGAGAGCAGCCUGAAGCGCAGGCUGUUCAGAAGCAUGUUCCUGUCUACUCCUGCCACGGCCAUGGCCACUGCGAGCAGCAGCAAGCCGGGCCCUCCCUCCCAGAACAAGCCUAACUCCUCCUUCCGACCACCACCACCACUGCAGAAAGACCCCCCACCGAGCCUGGUGGCCAAGGCCCAGUCCUUGCCCUCGGACCCACCCAUGGGGACCUUCAGCCCUCUGACCACCUCGGACACCAGCAGCCCCCAGAAGUCCCUCCGCACAGCCCCCGCCGCCGGCCCCACCCCAGGCCGGUCUUCCCCCGCGGGCUCCCCACGCACCAGGCAAGCCCAGAUCAGCACCAGCAACCUGUACCUGCCCCAGGACCCUGCAGCGUCCAAGGGCGCCCUGGCUGGUGAGGACACAGGUGUUGUGACACAUGAGCAGUUCAAGGCUGCACUCAGGAUGGUGGUGGACCAGGGUGACCCCCGGAUGCUGCUGGACAGCUACGUGAAGAUCGGCGAGGGCUCCACGGGCAUUGUCUGCCUGGCCCGGGAGAAGCACUCGGGCCGCCAGGUGGCUGUCAAGAUGAUGGACCUCAGGAAGCAGCAGCGCAGGGAGCUGCUCUUUAAUGAGGUGGUGAUCAUGCGAGACUACCAGCACCUCAACGUGGUGGAGAUGUACAAGAGCUACCUGGUGGGUGAGGAGCUGUGGGUGCUUAUGGAGUUCCUGCAGGGCGGGGCCCUCACGGACAUCGUCUCCCAAGUCAGGCUGAACGAGGAGCAGAUCGCCACUGUGUGUGAGGCCGUGCUGCAGGCUCUGGCUUACCUGCAUGCCCAGGGUGUCAUCCACCGGGACAUCAAAAGUGACUCCAUCCUUCUGACCCUCGAUGGCAGGGUGAAACUCUCGGACUUUGGCUUCUGUGCUCAGAUCAGCAAAGAUGUGCCGAAGAGGAAGUCCCUGGUAGGAACCCCCUACUGGAUGGCUCCUGAGGUGAUCUCCAGGUCUCUGUAUGCGACUGAGGUGGACAUCUGGUCCCUGGGCAUCAUGGUGAUUGAAAUGGUGGACGGCGAGCCACCGUACUUCAGUGACUCCCCAGUGCAGGCCAUGAAGAGGCUCCGGGACAGCCCCCCACCCAGGCUGAAAAACUCUCACAAGGUCUCCCCAGUGCUUCGAGACUUCCUGGAACGGAUGCUGGUGCGGGACCCCCAGGAGAGAGCCACGGCUCAGGAGCUCCUGGACCACCCUUUCCUGCUGCAGACGGGGCUGCCUGAGUGCCUGGUCCCCCUGAUCCAGCUCUACCGCAAGCAGACCUCCACCUGCUGAGCCUACCUGCAGAGUGCACCUGCCACCAAUACCCCCAGGCAGGGGACACUGGGCUGCCAGCCCACCAGCAGGGCCCGCCUGCCUCAUUCUCUCAG